AUGGCAGCAUAUCGACAACAAGUGGAGGAAAGUCAUCAUGACUUGGUCAAUUUAUUGACUCAGCAAAUGACUAUAAUUCUGAAUCCUAUGAUGGCUGAUCAUGAAUUGAGAUUCGAGCGUCUUGCUAGACAAGUCGAGAGAAUUGCUCGAAUUGUUGAUUAUGAUGAAGGUGAAAGGCAUAAUGCUAGGGGAAAUAACGAAGGAAUGGAAAAUAUCUUUCAAAAUGAAAACAAUAUUCCAAAUCGAGAAAAUCCUCACGUGGUUCCCCGAGGUCAAAAUGCUGAUGACUUUUUAGCCAGAUUGCGUGGUGGUGAACGCUAUCAAGUCACUAGAAUUGUAGAAGAGGUGUUAAAUCAGGUUGGGCUGAAUGUUGGUUUUAUGAAUCAACCACAUUUUGUGUCCGCUUUUUCCCAAGUGGUCCAAAUGGCUGAAGUGCCAAGAGGAGUGAAAAAUCCAAAGAUAGUCACAAAAUUUGCUGGUGAAGUUGGAGAAUCAACUGCUGAACAUGUUGCUCGUUAUUUGGUUGAGAUCGGGAAUUUAGCUACUGAUGAAAAUUUGAAAAUGAAAUUUUUUUCUUCAUCAUUGACGAAGAAUGCAUUUACUUGGUUCUCGAAUCUCAGACCAAAUUCGAUCACAACAUGGAAUCAGUUAGAAACUGCUUUUCACGCUCAAUUUUAUCGGGGGAAAAUGAAUGUAGCAGUUACUGAUCUAGUGGCUUUGAAACGUGAAGAUGGUGAAACUACUGAUGAUUAUUUAAUACGUUUCAAACACGCUAGGAGUAGAUGCUAUGUGUCAUUACCCGAAAGUGAGGUAGUGAAAAUAGCAACUAUGGGGUUAGGAUUCUAUAUGCGCAGAAAAUUGCUCAAUGUGCAUAUUCCUGAUUUAGCCCAUUUGGCUGAAAAGGUUUGA